ACGUCAUGACGUAGCGUUCCGCUCAGAGGCUAUGGCGCUUCCUGACUGGACGGUAACGCUGCUCGCCUCCGCCGCAUCGCUCUUGUGUUUAUGUUUGUGUGUUCGCUACAGACGGACGGCACUGCUGUUUUGGAGGAGACUGUUGAGCAAAAUAAUGGCCCGCACGGAGAAGCCGUUGUUCCGAAUAGCGUACACACUCUACACCAGGACCAGGCUUGGUUACAUGUACUACAAGAGGCAGAUGAGGAAAGCCCGGGAACAUUACCCUGCUGGACACUCCACAGCUCAGCCCAUGGAGUUCAAUGGUAUCAAAAUAAUUCCCAUCUCGGUACUGUCUGACAACUACAGCUACCUUGUAAUCGACACAGCCUCCAGCGUUGCAGUUGUUGUUGAUCCUGCAGACCCUCAAACAGUUCAGGCGGUCCUCGAGGAAGAGGGAGUGACGUUAGAAGCAAUACUCUGUACACACAAGCACUGGGAUCACAGUGGUGGAAACAAAGGGUUGAAAAGGCUUCACAGCUCGUGCAGAGUUUAUGGAAAUGCAGCUGAUAACAUUCCUGGCCUCACACACCCUCUCUCCCACAAGGACUCGGUAACAGUUGGACGUAUGCACUUUAAGGCCCUUUUUACUCCUGGACACACAGUGGGUCACAUGAUCUACCUCCUGGAUGGCCGUGGGGUCGGCACCCCCUCCAGCCUUUUCUCCGGUGACCUGGUUUUCCUCUCGGGAUGUGGGAGGAUGUUUGAAGGCAAUGCCACAACAAUGCUGUCAUCUCUGGACACAGUCGCUUCUUUAAGUGAGGAUACCUUAUUAUGGCCUGGUCACGAGUAUGCAGAAGACAAUCUGCUCUUUGCCGCUGAGGUUGAGCCACGCAACGCUGCCAGGGAAAACAAGUAUCAGUGGGUGCUGCAGCAGCGAGGCCAGAAGCUGUGUACGAGUCCUUCCACUAUCGGGGAAGAGAGGCAGUACAAUCCUUUCCUGCGCAGCCAUGCUGCGGAGCUCCAUCUGGCGCUGGGCCUCCAGCAGUUCCAGGAUGAAGACUGGACCCAGUUUCGGGCUCGGGUUCUGGAGGAGCUGCGAAAACGCAAAGAUCUCUACAACAGGAGAUAGUACUGGGAACACUAAAACAAGAAGUUAAGCUAACACCGACAAACAGAGGAGCAUGAUAUUAAAGUAGUAAUCUGCAUUAAUGAAGGUACUGUAAAGAUCUAUUCAAAGAGACCAGUUUUGUACAUUUAAAGGGGCAUUACGUAACUGUAUCAACCUGUACCAGAGACCACUAGGAACAUAGUCAUAACAUCAUUAUUACAUGAUACUAAUCAAUAAGCCUAUUACCUCUUCACAUUCUGUAUGUUAUGCUAAUGUUGUGUUUAUAGACAGGAUUGUGCUCAUCUAAUGUAGAUUUGCAUGAGUAUCUUCUGUGAGUAGGUACAACCAGAUUUUUGAUUCUUGCGGUAACAAGUUAAUUUAGCAUGUUAGGUACUGUGUUCUUAUUUUACUGCACAGUCUGGUUUAUUUUUAGGGUAAGUAGUACAUUGUUUUAAAAGCCUUUGGUAUGCUGGUUUUCACAGUGCUGCUUAAGAGUAGUUAACUUAUGCAUAGAAGAUGUGAUUUUUUUAUGACUUUAUUCAGUAUUGUGAGUGUGAAUGUUUUGAUUUUUUUUUUUUUUUUCAGCUAUGAUGGUACGGUUAAUUUAACAUGUCAUAAUCUAUGCUGUUGGUACUUUGCGUUUAAGUCAGCACAGUGUUUGGGGGGGGGGGGGGUCUUGACACUAGCCGUUCAUGUGAAUCUUUGUUUGCUGAAUAAGAGCCAGUUUUGUUUUGAUUUAAGAGAUUUGUGAUUUAGACCUACUCGCCCUUGUUUCUUUUGUUUUUGUUCUUUUGACCAAGUCGUUUUAUUCUAUAAUUCACAGAAUUCAUGAAAAAGUCGGCGUAGAUAGAGAUGGAAGACAUAUUUUAUAGUACAGCCCUCGUUUGUGCCUCUCAAGCAAAUUCUUUUUUGACAAACUAAUUGUUCCACAUUAAGAUUUGUGUUGUGCUGCAGUAUGUGAACGUGAACAGCCACAUACUGUACGUGAAGGACCUGUGCAUUGUAAUGUAUGAAACAUGACUGAUUUGCUGUAGAAGGGAUGGUUCCCUGUAGAAUUACUCCGAACUGCCAACAGGUACAAUGAAGAUGAUUAAACGUCCGGGGUGAUGUUAAAUCAAGCAAUCUGUAGCGUACACUAUGUUUUGACUUUUGUUUAAAAUAUGUAAUAUUUAAGAGUAAGAUGGCGAUGAAAAUUCUUUGAUUUUCUUCCUAAUAUGAAAAUACAAUGUGACAAACUGUGGCUCACUUUAAAAUUAAAAAAAUGUUUUUAUAGCUAAAUUGAAAACUUUGGAAAGAGAAACAAUUGUACAUAUUUUUUUAAUAUAUCAAAGCAUUUAUUAUACUGUGUCAAUACAAUGGAUAAAAAUGAUUUCAGUAUAAUAAACGCUGUCUUCUUUAUGUGCACAUUUGAAUAUCUCUAUAAAGGACAUGUGAUGCAGCCUCUGCUUUGGUGGAGAUGGGCGGGCAUGCAAAGGAAUAAACCUUUAAACUUUUGAAGCGAUUUGAACUCUCUUCAGGUUCGUCUGUUGCUCCUGCAGAAGGGCUCAUACCAAAGCACCUUGUCCCCUGGUGAUUGUUGACUAAAAUGUUGUUCUGUUUGUUUGAUGCAGAUUUGCAUCUUAUUUGCAUAUGUUUGAGUUAUGAAUAUCUCCACAUGGGAGACUGUUUUACUUCAGGUUACAUUUUAAUGAGGAAAUAUGAAAGUAAACUGCUUCAUUAGA